UGCGUUUGUGUCACGUGCCCUCCAGUGCGGUACUCUAGCAAAGCGGCACAGUUUGCGCGCGCAGGCAGACAGCUUGGGUUACUCCGAAUCUCACGAAUAUUAAACUAAAAAACAGUGCAUCUGAAAAUCGUGAUUUCGUGCUUUAGUAGAUGACAUAGAACGUCCCAUUCUGAAGUUCUGGUACAAUCGGGAGGAGUCUUCCAUCCGGUGAGAGAACGGCUGUAUUAUGAAAAGUUUGUGUGCGGCUUUCGCAUGUACUGUUCAGCCAUUUAACAUAUACCAAGACUGUGUGUGUUAUUCCAUUAUCAUUUUUUGAGUACUCGUGUAGAUUCGAGUACAGGGCUUGAUGGAUGGAGUUUACUCCUAAUGUCAACUAAUCUGCCUAGAGGCGUUAGGAUUUGGCUGAAACUACAAGUCUCCUCAGGGCGUAAUCAGACAAGGAAUUGGACAUCCACGGCAUGCUUCAUGCGAGUGAAUGAAUCGCUUUCUCGAUUGACACACAAAGUACAUACAAUCUGACCAUUUUGUGGAGGACGGCCGAACGCUUCAUGCAGGGAGCACGGACCCUUAAGCUGGACGUGAGCCAAAGCACCCCCGGUUUCGUGCGCGCACGACAACGGCAGUUUAGCUGCUCUCCGAGUUGGGACUUCAUCUAUAUUGAUCUCCUCAGCUGACGCUUUAGAUUGGCACUCGAGCAAGUGACUUUAGCAGGUGCCUCCGGAAGGAAAACUUCAGGAGUAGGGGAUGAAAGCGCCAGCACUACUCUCGCUGUCUCUCCUCUCUCUCUUCCUUGCAAGCUCCUGGGCAGCGGACUCUGAGGAGAGGCUGGUGGAUUACCUUCUGGGCGUUGAGCGCUACAACAAGCUCAUACGGCCAGCCGUCAACAAGAGCCAGCAGGUCACCAUCGGCAUCAAGGUGUCCUUGGCCCAGCUCAUCAGCGUAAAUGAGAGGGAACAGAUUAUGACCACUAAUGUGUGGCUCUCACAGGAGUGGAAUGACUACAGACUUGCAUGGGAUCCUGACGAAUAUGAGGGGAUUAAAAAACUACGAAUCCCAUCUCAACUCAUCUGGCUUCCUGAUAUUGUCCUCUACAACAAUGCGGAUGGCGUGUAUGAGGUGUCCUACUACAGCAACGCUCUGGUCGCCAACACGGGCGACAUCUUCUGGCUCCCCCCUGCCAUCUACAAGAGUGCCUGUGCCAUCGAGGUGAAGGACUUCCCCUUUGACCAGCAGAACUGCACCAUGAAGUUCCGCUCCUGGACCUACGACCACACCGAGCUGGACCUGGUGCUCACUUCUGACUUUGCGAGCCAGGACGACUACAUGCCCAGCGGCGAGUGGGACAUCGUCUCCCUGCCCGGCCGCAAGAACGAGGACCCCAAUGACAUCACCUACCUGGACGUCACCUACGACUUUGUCAUCAAGCGCAAGCCGCUCUUCUACACCAUCAACCUCAUCAUCCCCUGCGUGCUCAUCACCUCGCUGGCCAUCCUGGUCUUCUACCUGCCGUCCGACUGCGGCGAGAAGAUGACCCUCUGCAUCUCCGUGCUCCUGGCGCUCACCGUGUUCCUCCUCCUGAUCUCCAAGAUCGUGCCGCCCACCUCCCUGGCCGUGCCGCUCAUCGGCAAGUACCUGAUGUUCACCAUGGUGCUGGUGACCUUCUCCAUCGUGACCAGCGUGUGCGUGCUCAACGUGCACCACCGCUCGCCCAGCACGCACCGCAUGCCGGACUGGGUCAAGCACUUCUUCCUGCACCGGCUGCCCGUCUUCCUGUUCAUGCGCCGGCCCGGCAGCUCCAACGUGCGCGAGAAGUUCCGCCGGCGGCACCAGAGGAAGUCCUUCUCUUCUGCCCCGUCGUCGGAGGGCCGGUCACGGCAGACGGAGGUGGACACUCUGUACCUGAGCGGUGAACCGGGAGGCCUGGCGGGGGGCAGGUGGUGCCUCGGUGAACUUCCUGAGGGGUCAGAGGUCAGACAGAGGGUCAGGGUGAAGCGAGACGUUGCCGUGGAUGAGGCCAUUGAAGGCGUGAGGUUCGUGGCUGAACAUAUGAAGAUUGAAGACGACGAUGAAGGGAUCAUUGAAGACUGGAAGUACGUAGCCAUGGUGAUUGAUCGUCUCUUCCUUUGGAUCUUCAUCCUGGUGUGUGUGACCGGAACCCUUGGCCUCUUCGUACAGCCACUGUUCCAGAGCUACAACACCCCAACAGCAGGGGAUGAGAAUUCGGGAGAUUUCUAAGCGUUCCAGCAGGCAGACAGAGGCACAGAACCCCCCUCACCCCAUCAGCAAUCCUUAGAGAGCACAGUCAUCAUCCAGCCUGUCACUCAAAUGCUCAAGCAGUUACAGUGACAUAGCACACACUACACACAAAUACACACUAAACACAGCUGAAACACACACACACACACACACACACACACACACCCUAACCCUCCGUAACCCCAAUGACUCAGGAUCUCGCAAACACUGACUCAUACACAAGACCAAAUACUGUAGAGGCAUCUUCCCAAAUCAGCUUUGUAGAUGCUAAAUGACA